AUGUCUUCCACUCCGAGACUUGAGUGCGCCGAUGUUGACCCCAGUCCUCUGGGGCAGCCCCUCCAGUUUACCUUUUCCGGCCGUACUGCACCAAACCGUUUCCUGAAGGGUGCCACGAGUGAGCGCCUUGCUUCGUUCUCGUUCAACGAUCUUAAUGCGCGCGGUAUCCCUUCCCCAGCAUUGAUCCAGGCCUACAAGAGUUGGGGCGAGGCCCAAAUAGGAAUCAACUUGACCGGCAAUGUCAUGAUCGACCCCGGUCACCUGGAGGCAGCCGGAAACCCAGUGAUUCCUCAACAUGCAGAGUUCUCCGGCGAGCGUUUCGAACGAUUCCAGGAGCUCGCAGCUGCUGGCAAGGCCAACGGAAUGCUCAUCGUUGCCCAGGUUGGACACCCGGGUCGUCAGACUCCUCAGUAUCUGCAGCCGAACCCCAUCAGUGCCAGUGAUGUGCAGUUUAAGGGUGGGCUUAGGGGCAUGAAAUUUGGACAGCCCCGUGCUGCGACUCAAGAAGAUAUUGCGAACAUCAUUGAUAGCUUUGCUCAUGCGGCGGAGUAUCUUGACAAGGCUGGCUUUGAUGGUAUGCAGCUUCACGGUGCUCACGGUUAUCUUCUGAGCCAGUUCUUGUCACCUACGACCAAUCUGCGAACCGAUCAGUAUGGUGGUGACUUGAAGAACCGGAUGAGAUUGAUCUUGGAGGUCAAAGAUGAGAUUUCCAAGAGAGUUCGCAAGGACUUUGUUGUUGGCAUCAAGAUCAACAGUGUUGAGUUCCAAGAGAAAGGAUUCCAGCCUGACGAAGCUAAGGAGCUUUGCCAGGCUCUCGAGGAGCAUGCUUUCGACUUUGUCGAGCUGUCUGGUGGCACUUAUGAGAACUGGCCGUUGGCUAACCAGAAGCGGCCUUCGACUGUAGCGCGUGAAGCAUUCUUCUUGGACUUCGCCAAGCUCAUCGUCCCUAGUUUGACCAAGACCAAGACCUACGUGACAGGCGGCCUGAAGACUGUGGAAGGCAUGGUUAAGGCCCUGGACACCGUCGAUGGAGUCGGACUCGCUCGCGCUCUCUGCCAAGAGCCGAACCUUUGCGCACACAUUCUCUCCGGGCAGGUCAAGGGAGCCUUGCUGCAGAAGCUGAACAUGCUGGACUUUGGUGCCACCGCUAGUGCGGCCGGCCUUCAGAUCUCGCAGAUGGGCAAGGGCUUGCAGCCUGUGGACCUUUCCGUGGAAGCGAAUGUGGCAAAGCUUUUCGCUACCUUGGAUGCGUGGGCUGCUGCGAGAACGGCGGAUUUGGAUAUGUAUGAGUUCCCCGUCAUUCCUGAUUACGAUAUCCCUUAUUCCACUGCGGUGCUGUGA